AAUCAUAUUAAUUGUGUGUGAGAGAGGAAAAAAAGAUGGGGAAAGGGAACACAAGGGCAAUUAGAUCAUUAGGCUUAAGCUUGAUGGUUUUAGUAGUAGUGGGUAUGUGCGAGGUGAAGAUGGCGAGUGCAGAACUCAGUGCUGCCCAGUGCAAAGAAGAAAGGAGAAUUGGGCUUAACGAAUGCAAAGCGGUGCUGUACGGGAAGCUUCCCACACCAGCGUGCUGUGAGCGUGUCAGAGUUAGCCAUAUGGAGUGCGUCUGCCCCGUCAUUACCCCUAAGUUAGUUGCUCUUAUUGACGUCAACCGGGCUAUCCGCCUCAUUGAAGGUUGCGGAAGGAGAGUCCCUCGUCACUUCAAGUGUGGCAGUAUCACAACUCCAUGAAAGUUGAAACCUGCUGCUGCCAUGAUCAUGCUUUCUCUACUUAAGAUUAAUACAUAUCUCUGCUUUGCUGUCAAUUAAGGUGUGAGUUUUUGUUCAUCAAUUAAGCUUAAUAUUGCUUUACCACGGUGUAUUGUGCAACACUAAAUAUAUAUAAAUAAAUGGAUGUUCAAUAUUAUUAUUUA